CCUUAACAGAAAGGAAAGCGAAGCCGCCCGCCCGGCGCCGAGGUUGGAAGCGCAGCCUGUGUGCGCGUGAUGCGGUUACGUUUAAAUUACGGCUGCUCGGCUUUUACGGCCGGGGCGCGUUAGCCGGGUGCCCGGGGGUGACAUCCAGUGACGGGGAGUGGCGCGGCCCCUCUGGCGCUGAGCGGUUUGGGUCAGUUCCGUGGGGUGCGGGGUGUCCCAGCCGCUCCGGGUGCAGCUGCUGAACGCCUGCGGGGGUUCGCACCCGAACUCGUGCUGUCUGUUUUGUCGGUGGUGAAUCGGUGAUUGCUGAAGACGUUGCAGCCUAAAGUGUCUCUAGAUAUACCCCCCGUGGCUGUUUGGGCACGUGAAAUGGCCGCAGAUGACAAAAGGUCUCCGACACUGGACUCUACCAGUGAACUACCUCAUUCUCCUAGUAGUCCGUCUCAUCUCACUCAUUUCAAACCCCUGACUCCUGACCAGGAUGAGCCUCCUUUUAAAUCAGCCUACAGCUCUUUUGUAAAUCUUUUCCGUUUCAGCAAAGAUGAUGGCAGGCUUUCAUCCCCGGCAGAGAGAGCAGAGGCAGGACAGAGUGAUCCACAAGCGUUGAGUGGUGGCUGGUCCAGUCCUCAGCAUCCCACCAGGGCUCAGUCUCUGAGGUCACCGGUUCCUUACAAAAAACAGCUGACUGGUGAGCUGCAAAGAAGAUCUUCUACAACUCUGGACAAUCGAAGGAAAGUAGAACCGCCUCUUGGAGGUCAUGAUCCUCGAACAGCAGUUCAGUUAAGAAGCCUCAGCACCGUUUUAAAGCGCCUCAAAGAAAUCAUGGAGGGGAAGAGCCAGGACAGUGACUUGAAGCAGUACUGGAUGCCUGACAGCCAAUGCAAAGAAUGCUAUGACUGCAGUGAAAAAUUCACCACCUUCCGGCGGAGGCACCACUGUCGGCUUUGUGGGCAGAUCUUCUGUAGCCGAUGCUGCAAUCAGGAAAUCCCUGGAAAAUUCAUGGGCUACACAGGGGAUCUCCGAGCCUGUACUUACUGCCGGAAAAUAGCCUUAAGCUAUGCACACUCCACAGACAGUAACUCCAUUGGAGAAGACUUAAAUGCUCUGUCAGAUUCUGCGUGUUCUGUAUCAGUGCUGGAUCCUGGCGAGCCUCGCACACCAGUUGGGAGCCGUAAAGCUAGCCGCAACAUCUUUCUGGAGGAGGAUCUAACCUGGCAAAGUUUGAUUCACCCAGACUCUUCAACUACCACGUUGUCUGCACGCCUUGGGUCUGUCCAGGAGGAUGCAGGGAAGUCACCAGCUAGGAACAGAUCAGCCAGCAUCACUAACCUCUCACUGGAUCGAUCAGGUUCACCAAUGGUGCCUGCAUAUGAGACCUCUGUCAGCCCCCAGGCCAGUCGCACACAUAUGAAGGCAGAGACCAGCGAGGAUGAGCGCAAAAUCCUUCUGGACUCAGUCCAGCUGAAAGAUCUGUGGAAGAAGAUCUGCCAUCACAACAGUGGGAUGGAGUUUCAAGACCAUCGCUACUGGCUGCGGACACAUCCCAACUGCAUUGUGGGAAAAGAGCUGGUCAACUGGCUCAUCCGAAACGGGCACAUAACCACAAGGGUCCAAGCCAUUGCAAUAGGACAAGCAUUGGUUGAUGGACGCUGGCUAGAAUGUGUCAGUCAUCAUGAUCAGCUCUUCAGAGAUGAGUAUGCUCUCUACAGACCGUUACAGAGCACAGAGUUCUCAGAAACCCCAUCUCCAGACAGUGACUCUGUGAACUCUGUAGAGGGGCACUCUGAGCCGUCCUGGUUCAAAGACAUCAAGUUUGAUGACAGUGACACAGAGCAGAUUGCUGAUGAAGGAGAAGAUAACUUAGCCAACUCCGCCAGCCCUAGCAAGCGCACUUCAGUCAGCAGCUUCCAGUCCACAAUGGACAGUGAUUCAGCCGCCUCCAUCAGCCUGAACGUGGAGCUGGACAACGUGAACUUCCAUAUCAAGAAGCACUCCAAGUACCCACAUGUGCCCCCUCACCCUGCCGACCAAAAAGAGUACUUGAAUCCUGAAAACGGAGGGCAGCAGAUGUUCUCUAUAAGUGAUGCUUUUAUUAAAGAGUCGUUAUUCAACAGAAGGGUGGAGGAGAAGUCCAAAGAACUGUUUUUCACGCCUCUAGGCUGGCACCACAGCAAUCUGGAUCUAUUGAGAGAAGAGAAUGGGGAGAAACAAGCCAUGGAAAGGCUGCUGUCUGCUAAUCACAACCACAUGAUGGCACUGCUUCAGCAGCUUCUGUACAAUGAGUCCCUGUCACUCUCCUGGAGGGAUAUCAUUGUACCUGUGGUCUGCCAGGUAGUUCAAACUGUACGGCCUGAUGUCAAGAACAGAGAUGAUGACAUGGAUAUCCGCCAGUUUGUCCACAUCAAAAAAAUCCCUGGUGGAAAGAAAUUUGACUCCAUGGUGGUGAAUGGAUUUGUUUGCACGAAGAAUGUUGCACACAAAAAGAUGAACUCUUGCUUAAAAAAUCCCAAAAUUCUUCUGCUGAAGUGCUCAAUUGAGUACCUCUAUCGAGAAGAAACAAAGUUUACCUGCAUAGACCCUAUAGUUCUUCAGGAAAGGGAAUUCUUGAAGAACUACGUACAACGGAUAGUUGAUGUCAGGCCUAAUUUGGUCCUUGUUGAGAAGACUGUGUCCCGAAUUGCUCAGGACAUGCUCUUAGAGCACGGUAUCACUCUGGUCAUCAAUGUCAAGCCGCAAGUGUUAGACCGGGUAAGUCGAAUGACCCAGGGAGACUUAGUGAUGUCAAUGGAUCAACUGUUGACCAAACCACGCUUGGGAACCUGUCAUAAAUUUUACAUGCAAAUUUUUCAGUUGCCCAAUGAUCAGACAAAAACCCUGAUGUUCUUUGAAGGGUGUCCCCAGCACCUGGGGUGCACUAUCAAGUUGUGUGGUGCUGCAGAGUAUGAGCUGGCCCGUGUGAAGGAGAUCUUGAUCUUCAUGGUCUGUGUGGCUUAUCAUUCCCAGCUGGAAAUCUCUUUCCUUAUGGAUGAGUUUGCCAUGCCCCCUACUCUAACCAAAAACACCUCCUUUCACUCCCUUAUUGAGGAACCAGGAGAUGAAAAUGAAAAACAGAAUCUCUUCAAUGGCGAGGACUUCAGCACAGCAGUCAGAGACAUUGAACUGUCCUCUGAAAAGCUGCCUAUAAUCUCUGAGUCAGUGUCCUCUGAUGAGGUCAGCUUGCUUGAACAAAGAGGUUUAUUUGAGAGAGGUGACCAAGAGAACAGCCAACUGGAAAUGGCGUCCUCAAAACAGCAAGAGCACCACAAAGUGGAGUCACCAUUUCCAGUGUUCAACUCUGUACCUCCUGCAAUACCUGAAACAUCCCUGCUGCCGGUCCAUGGCAUGGACCAGCACUUGGUCACUCUGGAUAGCCAGACACUGGAGCCUCUUCAGCAGGCAAAUGAUCUGCAGGAGCCUAAGAGUCAGAUGAGAGUCUUUAGAGACCCUCUCCAGGAUGAUACUGGUUUAUAUGUCACAGAAGAGGUAACUUCUUCUGAGGAUCGCCUGAAGACUUACUCUGCAGCUUUUAAGCAGGAGUUGAAAGAUAUCAUUCUCUGUAUUUCUCCUGUAAUGAUGUUCCGUGAACCAUUUCUUUUGACUGAAAAAGGCAUGAGGUGCCCUGCCCGGGAAUACUUCCCUGAGCAAGUUUAUUGGUCUCCUCUCCUCAAUAAGGAAUACAAGGAAUUAGAGAGCAGAAGGAAGAGACAAUUAUUGCGGGAUCUCUCUGGACUACAAGGGAUGAAUGGGAGUAUCCAAGCCAAGGCUAUACAAAUCUUACCUUCUCACGAAUUGGUUAAUACUAGAAUAGCAGAACAUCUAAGUGAUAGCCAGAGCUUAGCCAGAAUGCUGGCUGACUAUCGGGCCAGAGGAGGGAGGAUACUACAGAAAAGCACAGAUCCCUUUGCCCAAAGUAAGGAUGUGUCUAGUGUCCCUACUGGAAAAACUGGGUGCAAAAUUGAAGAAGAAGAGAAGGGACUGGCUCAGAGUGAAUCCUCAUGGUCUCAUAAGGUGGAUUGCCUGAGUCCAGUAAACCAUCAGAGGCUCUGUGUUCUCUUCAGUAGCUCUUCUGCUCAGUCCAGCAAUGCUCCAAGUGCCUGUGUUAGCCCCUGGAUUGUGACCAUGGAAUUCUAUGGGAAGAAUGACCUGACUCUAGGGAUUUUCCUGGAGCGCUACUGUUUCAGGCCUUCCUAUCAAUGCCCCAGCAUGUUCUGUGAGACACCAAUGGUGCACCACAUUCGCCGCUUUGUUCAUGGGCAAGGCUGUGUGCAAAUUGUGUUAAAGGAGCUGGACUCCCCGGUCCCUGGGUACCAGCACACCAUUCUUACUUACUCCUGGUGUAGACUGUGCAAACAGGUGACACCGGUUGUUCCCCUUUCCAAUGAUUCUUGGUCUAUGUCUUUUGCAAAAUAUCUUGAGCUGAGGUUCUACGGGCACCAGUACACUCGAAGGGCCAAUGUAGAGCCUUGUGGUCAUUCCAUUCACCAUGACUAUCACCAGUAUUUUUCCUAUAAUCAGAUGGUGGCAUCUUUCAGCUACUCUCCAAUACGGCUGCUUGAAGUGUGUGUUCCACUCCCCAAGAUCUACAUCAAACGGCAAGCUCCGUCAAAGGUUUCUAUUUUGCAGGAUCUCAAGGAUUUCUCUCAAAAGGUCUCACAAGUGUAUCUUGCUGUUGAUGAUCGCCUUGCUUCUCUGAAAACAGAUACUUUCAGCAAAACGAGAGAAGAGAAAAUGGAAGACCUCUUUGCCCAAAAGGAGAUGGAAGAGGGGGAGUUUCGAAACUGGACUGAUAAAAUCCAAGCAAGGCUACUUUCGUCAUCAUUAGACACACCUCAACAACUGCAAUCUGUUUUUGAGUCUCUGAUAGCUAAAAAGCAAGGACUUUGUGAGAUGCUACAAGCCUGGAAUAAUAGAUUGCAGGAUCUCUUCCAACAAGAGAAAGGGAGAAAACGUCCAUCAGUACCACCCAGCCCUGGGAGACUGAGGCAAGGCGAAGAAAGCAAGAUCAGUAGCAUGGAUGCUUCCCCACGCAAUGCUUCUCCAGCACUGCAAAAUGGAGAGAAAGAGGAUCGUUUCCUGACUACUUUAUCAAGUCAGAGCUCCACAGGCUCCACCCAUCUUCAGCUGCCUACACCUCCAGAGGUUGUAUCAGAGCAUCCAACUGGUGCCAACACACUGUCUGAGCAGGAUACAACAAGCAGCUCAGAAGAUGUGUUUGAUGGACACUCACUGGGAUCUACAGACAGCCAAGUGAAGGAGAAGUCUACCAUGAAAGCUAUUUUGGCUAACUUUUUGCCUGGAAACAAUUAUAACCCCAUUCCAUUUCCCUUUGACCCGGAUAAGCACUACCUAAUGUAUGAGCAUGAACGUGUACCUAUUGCAGUCUGUGAGAAAGAACCAAGCUCCAUCAUAGCUUUUGCUCUCAGUUGCAAGGAGUACAGAAAUGCCCUGGAUGAGUUGUCAAAAGCAUCUCUGAAGAACAGUUCUGAAGAAGGAUUACAGCCGAACAGCAUGUCAGACAGCAAACCAAAGAACAGUAGCCCUGUCCGCCUGCCUGAGGCUAACAUGGGUCCUUCAACUCGCAAUGCAGAACCAGAACAGCCAAAGAAAGCAUCUGGUGUUUUGUCUUUCUUCCGUGGCACUGGAGGGAAAAGCCCAGACCUGUCUUCCCAGAAGAAGGAGACCUUACGUGGCGCCGACAGUGCCUACUACCAGGUUGGACAGAUGGGCAAAGAGGGAGCAGAAAACCAAGGAGCAGAGCCUCAAGAUGACGCAGAUGGAGGAGAUGGCCAGAAGAAACAGCUGGUGAAUCCCCAUGUGGAACUCCAGUUUUCAGAUGCGAAUGCUAAGUUCUACUGCCGGAUUUAUUAUGCUGGCGAGUUUCACAAGAUGCGUGAAGUGAUACUGGGGAGCAGUGAAGAGGACUUCAUCCGAUCCCUCUCUCACUCUAUGCCCUGGCAGGCACGAGGUGGCAAAUCUGGGGCUGCAUUCUAUGUGACUGAGGAUGAUAGAUUCAUCUUGAAGCAGAUGCCUCGUCUGGAAGUCCAGUCGUUCCUUGACUUUGCUCCGCACUACUUCACUUACAUCAUUAAUGCAGUUCAGCAGAAGAAGCCCACAGCACUGGCCAAAAUCCUUGGGGUAUAUCGAAUUGGAUACAAGAACUCUCAAAACAACACUGAGAAGAAGCUGGACCUGCUUGUUAUGGAAAACCUUUUCUAUGGCAGGAAAAUGGCUCAGGUUUUUGACCUGAAGGGCUCCCUCCGGAAUAGAAAUGUUAAAACAGACACAGGCAAGGAAAGCUGUGAUGUAGUCCUUCUGGACGAGAACCUUCUGAAGAUGGUCCGGGACAAUCCUUUGUACAUCCGUUCCCAUUGCAAGGCUGUGCUGAGAGCUUCCAUACACAGUGAUUCCCAGUUCCUCUCCAGCCACCUCAUCAUCGACUAUUCCCUGCUGGUGGGUCGUGAUGAUACCAACAAUGAGCUGGUUGUUGGGAUCAUUGACUACAUUCGCACUUUUACCUGGGACAAAAAACUUGAAAUGGUAGUGAAGUCAACUGGCAUCUUGGGAGGACAAGGUAAGAUGCCAACUGUGGUCUCUCCAGAACUGUACCGGACCAGGUUUUGUGAAGCUAUGGACAAAUAUUUCCUCAUGGUGCCAGACCAUUGGACGGGACUGGGCCUGAAUUGCUAAGCUAAAACCCAUAUUGGGAAAGCACAAGAGGACAACUAUAGGCCACUCUCUUCCUGUGGUCUGUCCAUCAGUAAGCAAGAAGAUUGCAAUCCCACGUCUACACUGACCAUGUGUGUCAUCUCAUGAAGUGUGAAAUCUGCUUGUUGCACUUUAAUCCGCUCUUGGAGGCUGAUAAGCGAACCAGCCUCACUAAGGAUCUAAGCUGUAAGGUACCACUGAACAGCAUUGAUAAGAGGCAUUCCCUCUGUCUUUCGGGAAGAUGAUGCUAUCUCUGUGUAAGAGCACUGAAACGGAUACUAUCCAGUUCUUGAUGAUGUGGAAGUACCUGAACUCCAAGUCUUGCACUGCCUAAGUGAUGUUGAAUAUGAGCAGCUUGUGUUUCUGUAGUGGAUGUGUGGUACUGCAAAUGUGAAAUAAACCCCCCUCUGUGUGGGUGGGUGGGUGAGAGAAGAAUGAAAUUAAUGCCCGAGUUCUGCUGUUGUUGCAGUGAUCUGUAGUUGAUCUGUUUAGGAUCCAUGAAUAACUUCUCUUGCUCAUGCUCUGCACCUUCCAUUUUUUCCUGGAUUCUGUAAACAGUAUUUUUUUUUUUUUAAGGCAGCUCCACAGCUAUAAUGCCAUAUCACUACAUCUUUUAAGUUACAUUACUGGAGUACAACUCUAUCUUUAUCUGUCAUAAAUUCAUUUUAGCUGAAUCCCGUAAAAUUGGGUUGUCAGUCAUCAGCAUACUGCGAAACCCCAAACAUAUCCCUUCAUAAACAGUGCUUUGAUCUGAAUGUUGCCCAAGUACCUGGGAACAUGUAACUAAAAAAAAAAAUACCCUUUAAUUUAACAAGAUUUGAUUAAUUAUAGUUAUGAAGCUGAUUAACCCUUUCCUUAGCAGAAGGCUCUAAGUUACUAGUCAAAAUGAAGCAAACUGCCUUAGAGUGACAGCUUUCUCCUUAAUGAAACCAUCAUUCCUGGCAGAUCACUUCAAAUCCAUUUCAGUUCCCCAGGACUUUCAAACAAUGUAUUUACCUCAUGGUGAAACUUUGCCAGGAGAAUGUUUUUCUUGCAUCCAUGACAUGCUGAUGAGAAUGAGCAUCCAGAUCUCAUCACACUGUGUAGUCCCAAUGGAAAAACUAUCUCUUCAGCAGUAUUAAUUUUUUUUCUUUGCACCACUGAGAUGAAUGUAGUCAUCUUUUUCUGUAAAAAGAAAAACCUGAACUCACAGGUAUCUUGUAUGAUAGAUAAGAUGUGCAGAGGUCUGUGAAUCUCCGUUAUGACAAUAAGCACUUCUUUCCAUUUUUAUUAAUUUUACCUGUUUUUGUAGAUGAUGAGUUUACUUUUUAGCAUCAUUAUAAUAUAGGCCAGUAAAUAAAAGGGUUUCUCUUUUUUAUGAGUUUGAGAGGCAAGAAUACUGUCCUUUGACUUCCAGUCUCUGAUAGAGGGACUUGAAACAGACAUGGAGUCUGGGACAGUAUAGCUCUUUGACCACUUGCUUGUUCUGACCAGUUGCCUGGUAAUGCCAUCUUCACUGUAACUAUGGAUUGAAAUGUGUAUUUUGUUCACUCCUCCUGUGUUCAGUAUCUUCUUCUGCAGCAGAUGGUGGUGGCUCUGUUCCGGAGUGACAGCUGGGUAGCACUGCGGAAGGAAAAUGCCAGCAGUGAGAACUGAACUGUUGGCCCCCAAAAACAAGCAGUGCAGCUCAAGUCUGAGCUGCCAGGUGUCAACAGUCAUUUCUGUUGGAAGAAGUUUUCCCCACCCCGUUGCAAAGCUCUGAAGGAUGAGCAAAGAUGCUGACCUUGAAGCAGCAGAAAUGGAAGUAUUCUCACUUCCUUUGUACAAUGUAAUCAUUGUUUCUGGAGGUGCAGAGUUGAAGGCUGCAGUAACGUGUGCUGUGGAAAGAUGACACAGUACUUCUUGCUUCCUCUGGCCCAGAAUCCCUUCGGUCCAACACAGUACAUCAGGUACAGCUGACCACCUCUGGGACACAUCAGGCCUCCUGUGUUGAAAUGUACUCCCAGGAUGGCUGGCUCUGGGGGGGGGCCUUGUGUAAUGAGGAACCAACGAGUCCAUCAGCUCAGUGCUGCUCUCAGUUCUGUGACUUCUGCCUUCUUUCUCGCUCCACUGAUGUGAUGCCAUGCAGCCUGAGUCUGUUCCAGUCUCAGUUAAAGUUUACAUGUGUUCUUCCUCCUUCCCCUCCUAAAGUUUACAGGGCAAAAACUUGACUUGCCUAAGCACCUAAGGUGACCCAACAGCAGCUGGUUAUGUUAUCUUCCGCCUUUGUCAGUAUGUGUAUUGGUUGAUGGAGCAUGAAAAUGGGCAGUGUCAUGGCAUCUGCACUAGACUAAUGCAGAGCUGUGAUGUACUAGCCCUGUCCUGUCACCAGGACACCAGUGAUGUACUGCUUGUCUUCCAGAGUCCCAAGCAGCUGGCUCUAAAGCAUCGUGAUCAUCUGACUGUAGCUGAUGUUCCCCUGUACGUGACAGCAUGAGGCCAUCAGCACUGUAAAAAUGAGAGAACUUUCCUUUGGCUUGCUGUUUUGCAGCCUGUGAACACAGAGCCCAAGCGUGUGAAUUGUGACCUUCUUGGACUGAAGUUACAGCAGUUGGAGCUUUGCAGGAGUGAUCUUGAGCCGGCAUCAACAGCUAACUUUGGCUCAGGAUGUGGCUGAUAGACUAGUCCUGACCAGCCUGGAGUAAAUAGCAAACUACUAGUCAUGGGUAACACAGUCGCUGCUGUAUCAACUGGAAUUGGGACAUUUUUGGGUGCUUUGUAACAUAAAGCUGUAAGCAUUUCUAGUUCAAAUCCCAGCAGCUGAGCAGAUCUCCUCAAACGUUCCCUUUUCAGAAUAAGAAUUGUCCUGGCAUUUCACUUUCUACAGAGAUGCGUUUCUCAAAAGAAGAGCAAUACUUCGUGCAGAAGAGAUCUUUGAGAGAGCUCCUUGUGGGGCUGUGUUAGGUCUGUGUCCCUGCAGCAUGCCCAAGGAUGUCCUGGGGGAGCAGCCUAGGUAUUACAUCAGCCCUUAGAUUAGAGUUUUUUAUUUCUUUAUAACACAGGUUUAACAUAUAUGUGCGUAAGCAAAUCCCAGUUGCAACAUGAAGAACUGCAUUUCUUCAGAGCUACGCUGGCUCUUUUUCUUCUGUUUUGAUCUGAGGCCUUUUGACAAAUGCCUAAAUCUUGUCCCAGUCAGAAGCUAUGACUUGCUUUGAGUCAUCCUGUAGACAGCAGAAUGCCUUGUAGUGGCCUGGUGGUGCAUUCUGUCCCCCAAAAGCAUAUGAAAGACUCUUGCUGGUUAAGUAGCUCUGCUGGGUUCAGGGGAGUUACCUGUGGAGUGGACUCUCCUCUGAGAAUGACCAAAACUAAAUGAAUCGCUCACUAGCAGGUGGCCAGACUGAUCAUUAUUCAAAGCACUUGAUGUACCAUAAUGUAUGUAUUUCUAAUCUACCUUGGUUCAGCCGUAUUUUAUAAAAUUGAUGUACUAAACUAUUUGAGAAUAAUUGCCUUGAUUACUUGGAGAAUCAAAAUGUAAUGUAUAUAGAUACAAAUAAAGUGACUAAAAUAUA